AUGAUUCAAGAGAGGAAAAUGGAAGAAAGGAACGAAGAAUUAGGGUUUGCAGAUGUACAAGUAUCAGAAGAAAUUAAUCUCCAUGGACCCAAUCCAAGAGAACAUUGCAGUAAUAGUGACUGCAACACAGAUUGCAGGCACUUGAUAUUCUUCAUUAUAGGGAGCAUUGUUGACAAUCUCCAUCCAUCUGUUACUGAAGCCAAUCUUCGGGAUUGUUUCAUAAUUGCUGGUCCUGUUUACAGAUGCAAUAUUAUUCACAAUUAUGAGAGACACUAUGGUCAUGUGGUCUUUCGUAAUCGUCAAUCAGCUAUCAUUGCUAUAGGAGUUCUGAAUGGAAUUAGUUUGUUCGAAAUGCCCUUAGUAAUUAGCUGGCCAAAUCCUAGAGGUCGGCAGGAGGAUCAAACAAGUCUUCAGCGAUGGACUACUGAUCAUGUGGUAUAUGCAUACUUCUCUGUUUACGACAGCUGUGUCCAGGAGCAUUCUUACCGGGCAGCUCAUGAAUUGAACGGUUCAAUGCUCAAUGGCGGACCAAUUCGCUGCUUUUUAGAUGGAUCGAGCGCUGGCAUCGCCCCGGUUACAAAUUCACUACAAUCUCUCGAACUAUCGUUGCCUACACCACCAGAAUUGCAAUACGGAAUUGGCGAAGAAAUCCAUCCACAGUUUGCCAAUAUAUGCGUAUACAAUCUUGCUCCGAGCGUUACAAAACUGUGCUUACGGCGCACCUUCAAUAAUCUUAACGCCGGGACAAUCGAACACUUGCAGCUCGAUCCGGGGAGGGGCCUUGGCUAUGUUAGGUACACGAGUCAAUAUGAAGCAGCCUUGCGAUUCAGAUGGGAAACGGCACAAAAUUACACGUGCGAGUGGAGCGUAAGGCCUACUCCGAUAGACUCCUCAGCCAUUCGACUGCCUCCUGAGCUUGCCCCGGGGUUAGCAUCAGCACGAGUUGUAGCACAUUGUCGGUUGAAGGCUCAGGUUUUGGGACGCGUUUGCACACUUUAA